GCGAAAACUUGAAUUUCAAGCCGAGCCUCUUCUUUGGCCAAACCUCUUCUAAUUUCUUUAUCAACGUUGCCCAAAUUCUGCUGCUGCUUGCUUCCAUUCAGGUGGUAAAAUGGCAGACGACUCUCUCACCAAGUCAGUUUCUUCUCCAUCAUGGUUUACGCCUAAAAGGCUUCUUAUUAUAUUUUGUGUCAUUAAUUUGAUAAACUACGUGGAUCGGGGAGCCAUAGCCAGUAAUGGUGUUAAUGGAAGUCUUGAAACUUGUACUGACGGUGGGAUUUGUACUUCGGGUAGCGGAAUUCAGGGGGAUUUCAAGUUGAGCAAUUUUCAAGAUGGAAUCUUGUCAUCAGCAUUUAUGGUUGGGCUUCUGGUUGCUUCUCCUAUAUUUGCAUCUCUGGCCAAAAGUCAUAAUCCAUUUCGGUUGAUUGGAGUUGGCUUAUCUGUUUGGACAUUUGCAGUAGCUGGCUGUGGUAGUUCCUUUGAUUUUUGGUCUAUCACAAUAUGCCGCAUGCUAGUUGGUGUGGGUGAGGCAUCCUUCAUAAGCCUUGCAGCCCCAUUUAUAGAUGAUAAUGCUCCUGUUGCACAGAAAACAGCAUGGCUUGCUAUGUUUUAUAUGUGUAUACCAGCUGGGACUGCUUUGGGCUAUGUUUAUGGUGGAAUUGUUGGAAGCCUUGUUAAUUGGCGUGUUGCAUUUUGGGGCGAGGCAAUUUUGAUGCUUCCUUUUCCUAUUCUGGGUUUUGCAAUUGAGCCUUUGCAAUUGAGAGGCUUUACUCCGAUGGAAACCAGGGAGACACUAAUAUCUGUUGAAACAUUUGGUCCCAAUACUGAAGAUGAUGACGCCCUUGCUGUAGAUCAAGCUUUUAUCACAGAGUCCAAGUCAACUUCCAAAAUGUGGAAUCAGUUCACGAGAAUCGGGAAUGACAUGCUGACUCUUUUGCAUGAUCAAGUGUAUGUUAUAAAUGUUCUAGGCUAUAUAUCAUACACUUUUGUCAUUGGAGCUUACUCAUACUGGGGCCCAAAAGCAGGAUAUAAUAUUUACCAUAUGAGUAAUGCUGACCUGUUAUUUGGAGGUGUGACCAUUAUUUGUGGAAUUUUGGGCACAUUAGCUGGAGGCUUGAUUCUUGAUAGGAUGAAUUCAACCAUCUCUAAUGCUUUCAAGCUUCUUUCUGGAGCAACAUUUCUUGGGGCAAUAUUUUGCUUGGGUGCAUUUUGUUUUAAAAGCUUGUCUGGAUUCUUGGUCCUUUUUGCUAUAGGUGAACUACUGAUUUUUGCCACGCAGGCUCCUGUGAAUUAUAUUUCCUUGCAUUGUGUAAAACCAAGUUUGAGGCCACUAUCGAUGGCAAUCUCCACUGUUUCAAUCCAUGUAUUUGGAGAUGUACCUUCCUCGCCUCUUGUUGGGAUGCUGCAGGAUCACAUUCACAACUGGAGGAAGACAUCCCUUAUUCUGACCUCCGUUUUCUUUCUUGCUGCUUUAAUGUGGUUCAUAGGGGUUUUUCUGAAAAGUGUUGAUCUAUUCAACGAAGAUGCUGACGAACAACCUGCUGCAUCUAGAAGAGACAAAAUGACGCCAUUACUUGAAGAUGAUUCCAGUGAAGCCUAAUUUGUUUUGCUUCUUUGACGAAACAUGUUAAGGUAUUAUCUUAUGGAAGGGCUAUAGUAACAUUACAACUCAGGGACGACGGGGAAUCAAGUGAUGACACAACUCUUGAAAGGAGUAAAAUAGAAGUUAUGCCUGCUAGGUGAGAGGUGUCUGUUGUUGAUGGAGUGGCAAGUCCCCAGUGUGUUAAUAUUUCUGUUGUUUAAAAUGUAUAUAUGAAAAAUGACGAGAUAUUUACAUACGCUCUCCUUUUCUUUUUAUGAAGAACAGAUACCCACUUUCUUAAUAUCAAGGAAAGUAGUUUGAUUUAGUUAGAAAAUUUAAAUGUACAGGUGAAUAGAUAUUUUUCCAUACUAAUACCUGCACUUUUAGCAAAUCCUUUACCAUUGUAAGUUUCUUUCUUUACGCUUAUAUUUAGCCAAAACUUUCUACAUACUCAGGUGCAAUGAAUGGUACAAUUUAGUUCUUUUUUUUUU